GCUUGCUUGGUCUUUCGCUCCUUAAUCUCCUUUUGCGGUCCUCUCUGCCUUCCUUUCUCUCUCUAUGAAGGUAAUCAGAUUCCAUACAAUUUACAAUUUCACUGCAGUGAAUCUAACGAAUUCCCUUAAUGUAUGUAGGUCAUUCGCUGCCGAAAAACAGCUUUUCCUUUUCAGAACAAUAUCGGAGGUGUAAAUACAUUCAUUUGGACUGUGAAAUUUGCAUUUGGAUUUUUAAAGAGCAAGACUUUUCCCCAGAUUUUCUUUGCGAUAGAUAUUUUCAUCCCUUAAAGUCCGGACUACGGAAAACGACCCUGAUGGUGCAGAUAGGGGGAAGGCUGAUCAAUAGAACGGAAAUCAAUUCUGGGAAGCAGUAGCACCAGCGAAAACAAACAAAAAAAAACAACAACGUUAUCUGUCCUCCUGUUGCCUAGAGACCAAGUCCUCCAACAAGCCAAGCCCUGCCUCCUGGGAUGGGGAAUGCUGUGAGGGCCAAUCUGAUCAGGGGCCGUUCCACCUGCCAGUCUGGCGUAGCAGCCUGAAGCCGAGGGUUGGACUGUGGAAGAACUGGACCGUACAGCACCGGACCGCACCGGACCGCACCGCGACCCCUCGAGCAGCAGACCAUGUCGAGGCCCGGAGGAACCGCAUGGCUGCCGCUCCUGUUCGCCCCCGCCUGCGCCAUGCUCAACGCCAACCUGCUCGUCUGGACGGCCGCCGCCGCGGCGUGGCUGACCGCGGUCACCGUCAGCGGUCAGCAGCCGCAGUACUCCGUCGUCACCACAAACUACGGCAAGAUCCGCGGAUUAAAAACGGCCCUGCCCAACGAGAUCCUGGGGCCGGUGGAGCAGUACCUGGGGAUCCCCUACGCCGCUCCGCCCACCGGCUCCCGGAGGUUCCAGGCCCCCGAGCCCCCCUCCUCCUGGCCCGGCAUCCGGAACGCCACACAGUUCGCGGCGGUCUGUCCCCAGUACCUGGAGGACAGGUACCUGCUGAACGACAUGCUGCCCGUGUGGUUCACCGCCAAUUUGGAUACAGUGGUUACCUACGUGCAGGACCAAAAUGAAGACUGCCUUUACUUAAACAUCUACGUGCCCACGGAGGACGAUAUUCAUGAUGAGAACGGCUUGAAGCCAGUCAUGGUGUACAUUCAUGGUGGAUCCUACAUGGAGGGAACGGGGAACAUGAUUGACGGGAGCAUCCUUGCAAGCUACGGCAAUGUCAUCGUGAUCUCCAUCAACUACAGAUUAGGAGUUUUGGGAUUUCUAAGCACAGGUGACCAGGCUGCUAAAGGAAACUAUGGACUACUUGACCAGAUCCAAGCAUUGCGAUGGAUCAAGGAAAACAUCCAAGCAUUCAAGGGGGAUCCGAAGAGGGUCACCAUAUUCGGGUCUGGGGCCGGAGCCUCCUGCGUUAGCCUGUUGACCCUGUCCCACUAUUCAGAAGAUCUUUUUCAGAAAGCCAUUAUCCAGAGUGGGACAGCGCUGUCCAGCUGGGCAGUCAACUACCAGCCAGCCAAAUACACCCGUAUGCUGGCCGAGAAGGUUGGCUGCAACAUGCUGGACACCACCGACUUGGUGGAGUGCCUGCAGAACAAGAACUACAAGGAGCUCAUCGAGCAGAACAUCACUCCCGCGAAGUAUCACAUCGCCUUCGGGCCCGUCAUCGACGGGGACGUGAUCCCGGACGACCCGCAGAUCCUGAUGGAGCAGGGCGAGUUCCUCAACUACGACAUCAUGCUGGGCGUCAACCAGGGGGAGGGAUUUAAGUUUGUGGACGGCAUUGUGGACAGCGAGGACGGCGUGUCCGCCAAUGACUUCGAUUUCGCCGUUUCCGACUUCGUGGAUCACCUGUACGGGUACCCAGAGGGGAAGGACACCCUCCGGGAGACCAUUAAGUUCAUGUACACGGACUGGGCCGACAAGGAGAACCCAGAGACCCGCAGGAAGACGCUGGUGGCGCUUUUCACGGACCACCAGUGGGUGGCGCCAGCCGUGGCCACAGCUGACCUGCACGCUCAGUACGGCUCGCCAACUUACUUUUACGCCUUCUACCACCACUGCCAAAGCGACAUGAAGCCCAGCUGGGCCGACUCGGCGCAUGGAGACGAGGUCCCCUAUGUGUUUGGGAUCCCCAUGAUCGGGCCUACGGACCUCUUCAACUGCAACUUCUCCAAGAAUGACGUCAUGCUGAGUGCUGUCGUCAUGACCUACUGGACCAACUUUGCCAAAACCGGAGAUCCGAAUCAGCCAGUUCCCCAAGAUACAAAAUUCAUCCACACGAAACCGAACCGCUUUGAGGAGGUGGCCUGGUCCAAGUACAACCCCAAGGACCAGCUGUACCUGCACAUCGGCCUGAAGCCCAGGGUCAGGGACCACUACCGGGCCACCAAGGUGGCUUUCUGGCUGGAGCUGGUCCCACACCUGCAUAACAUAAACGAACUCUUCCAGUACGUAUCCACAACAACCAAGAUCCCUCCGCAGGACACCACGCCCUUCCCCUACACCAAGCGUUUCCCGGGGAAGAACUGGCCCUCCACCACCCGGCACCCCUUCGUCCCCCCGGGCAACACCAAGCAGGUGACGGACCAGCAGAAGACGGGCGAGCCGGACGAGACGGCGGUGAUCAUCGAGAACAAGCGGGACUACUCCACCGAGCUGAGCGUCACCAUCGCGGUGGGAGCCUCCCUCCUCUUCCUCAACAUCCUGGCCUUCGCCGCGCUCUACUACAAGAAGGACAAGCGCCGGCACGAGUCCAACCGCCGGCCCAGCCCACAGAGGAACGCCACGGCCAACGACAUCGCCCACAUCCAGAACGAGGAGAUCAUGUCCCUGCAGAUGAAGCAGCUGGAGCACGACCACGAGUGCGAGUCGCUGCAGGCGCACGACACGCUCCGCCUCACCUGCCCGCCCGACUACACGCUCACCCUCCGCCGCUCGCCGGACGACAUCCCGCUCAUGACCCCCAACACCAUCACCAUGAUCCCCAACUCUCUGGCCGCCAUGCAGCCCAUGCACACCUUCAACACCUUCAGCGGCAGCCAGAACAGUACUAACCUCCCCCACGGACACUCCACCACACGGGUAUAGCUCUGCCCCCCCCCCGACACGAUCAGCCAGCCUCCACCCAGGAAGGGCCGGAGCAGGGCAAGGGGCUUGCUGGGGUGGCUUAGGUGGGCAGAGGGGGAUUUCAAUCACAACUCUUAUUUAGGAGAAUAAAACAAAUAAAAACAAUAAAGAAAAAAAUAUAUAUUGAGUUAACUUUCCCCCUACUGAGACUGAUCACAGAAGAUACUAUUUUGUUACUGAGCCUUCUUGAAAUAUAUAUUGGAGUUGAACUCAACUUAACUGUGAAAUGUGAAAAGUGAAUGUCACUAUAGUAAUACUGCAUUCAGACAUAAACGUCUGAAAGGAUCAAAUUAAGUUCCUUGAAAAAACACAGACUGAACAUUUUUUCCACUUCCCAAACACUGGUACAGUAUAGAAGACAAAAGCAUAAAGUAUAUUUCUGUGUGUAGCAAGUGAUAAGGUAACAAAAAGCUUUGUAUGUGCCAUACAUUGUAUGCCAAGAACAACCAACAAGGAUUAUCUUGUACGUGAAAAGGUUUUCUAAAUGAGAGACAAAUGAUUUGAUUUGAAGGGACUAUGCAGAUGAAAUGGCGGAGAAUCUGGACAUAAAAGCAGUCAGUUUUUUUUUCCCCAGCCUGAAUUGUAUUUAUGAAACUUUGUAAAAACGGAAAACUAUGUAAAUAGUUGUGAGUAAAACAUACUAAAACAAAACAAACAAAAUAGCUUUUAUUGUUGUUUUGAGUUGAAAUGACUUUUAUGAGGCUUGUGCUUUCAGUUGUGUGUAAAUAUGUUGGUCAUAUAAUUUUUACAAAAAAAAAAAAAAAGAUCAUCUUCAUUUUCAAUGGAAAAAGAAAAAAAAACUUUUUUGAGAGCAUAUAUCCUACAGAUUAUCAUAGUGGAUCAUGACCUUCAUUUCUGCCAACACUUGCAUGUUUGAGUAUUUCUUUACAACUGCAUUGGAAGUGUACCGUCUUAAUUGGGGGUUGAUCACUGAUCAUUUGAAUGGUGGUUUAUAUAUAUGAGUGGCAAAAUGUCGGGGGAACCUAAGGAAAAUGCUUGGCCGAUGGAAAUUUGUUUAGUCCUUUAGCUAAAUUGAAGGAAAAGAUAAUAAUAAAUAAAUAAAAAACAUACCAAAAUACUGUUACAGGCAAGGCACCACUGACAAACAGAAGAAGGCCCCAAGUGCUACAAAACCACACUCACAAAGUGAACACGUGGUAAAAUGGUCGCCCUGGACCAGAGCCUGAUCCCGAGGCCAUUUAUAAAGCCCAACAAUUAGGAAAAUGUCAGCUGUUUGGCAAUGAGCCAAGGCUGCUACCAUGCGUGUGAGUGGGACUGAUGCUGUUUUCUGGCCCACCUGAAGUUGUGGAGGACCGUGCACCGAUACAGGAGCAGAGAGAUAGAGCUGCAGGUGCCACACCCUUCUUGGUGCCACUACAUUAUAUAAAUAUAUAUAUAUAUAUUUUGUGUAUGUACUGUAUGUGUGUGUGAUCAUCAAUGAACCCCAUAUAUAAAGACUUGUUUUCAUGCUUCUCCAUACUUUGCCGCUUUAGUAUGGUUUAUUAUAUACAUAUAUAUGUUUCUUAUUAUUUUUCUUUUAGCAACCUACACACUGCCUCAGCUUCAGAAGUGACCAGCAUUGCAUAAUUUAGAACAGGGCAGUGGGCAUUGACACUUUGAUUAACAUUAGAUGGAUAUGUUUGUAAUGAAAUAUCUGUUAUAUAUUUCAAAUUUGCUAGCAAUAUGUAAGGUACUGUGCCAAGCUAGUGAUACUUUGGGUUAAAAGGAAAGUAAAUAAGAUUAAAUAACAGUCAUCACCAUGACAAUGAAGAUGGUAAUGGAGAUGGUAAUUCAAAUCAUAAUAGUACUAAAAAUAACCAUUAACCCAAUCACUUUAUUUUAUCUUUCUUUCUGUUUGUUGUUUGUAAGUAUGCAUCCUUUUUAAAAGAAGGGACAUGACAAAGGUUAAAGAAAGAAAAUCACCAUGGAUGAUUAUGAUGUUACUUUAAACACAGGAGGUACGUAUCCUGGCCUUUGAUUCUUUAGCUGUCAAGGCACGCAGGGUUUCAAUGUAGGAUAUUACAUUGUAUUGUCUCAUUUUGUUUGCAGUUUUUGCCUUAAGUGAUAGAUGAUAUUUCUGGCUGUACACCUGUAUAAAAUUUUUCUGCUGCAUUUUUAAUAAAAUAUCACAAUAUUUUCUAA